AAGCUCCGUACCGCUUCUUUCUCCGCCUGUUCUUCUCUCGUCUCGUCGGGAUCGUUCUCCUCUUCAAAGUUCCCAUUGUUUUUUCGCUUCUAUUUCCCCCAAAUCUCUUGAUUUCUUCUGCAUUCGUCGUUCUAAUCUCCUUGUUUCUGUUCUUUAAUCAUCUCUUUAGAUUGGAUUUUUGUUCUUUUAGGGUUUCAUAGCCGCCUAAUAACCUCACUUCGAUUUGGGAGGUUUCCCGGGGCCCGAGCCCUAAACCGAGAACUUAGUCAGUAAAAAGAAGCCAGUUUUCGCCCUAGAUUUUGUGGGUUUUGUGGAACAGUUUUUUGGGGAGCGGAUAAAGGAGAACGAGCGGAUUGGGGCUGUUGAUCUCUACGAGGCGUGGGAGGUUUUUUCGUUGAUAAGAGACUAAAGAAUAGAGGGAAUAUUUGGCUCAUCAAUUUUUUGAACAUCAAUUGUUAUAUAGUUUGUGAACGUGACUUUGUCUCUGAUGGCUGAUCAACAAAACGGAAGCACAAAGCCAUCACUCUUUGUGGCAGGUAAUGCCGAUAAGAAAGAUGGAAUUUUGGAUGUUCAAGUGACUAAUCAGAAUCCUAGUAUGCAGGAACAACUUGAAGAAAAUGAAAGGAAAACUCGGGUUGAGGAAGCUUGGAAGAAGAUGAAUAGUGGGCUUCCUGUUAAGGUGCCCAAAUCUUUAAUGAACAAGCCUAAUUCAACAGGGACUACAAAGACAAGUAAAACAAUUCCUGAUUGGAUGGUGGCUCUCGGCAUUGCACCGAAGAAGGCAUCAGCUAAUCAGGACAUUCAUGGAAAGAGACCAACCAGCACACUAAAUGGAACAAGCGAGGAAGCUAAGAGGCUUGCUGCAGCCGCUCUUUCGGCUGUCAGAGAUGUUACAUCUGCUGCUGCUGCUGCUGCUGCUGGAAGGGGAAAAGUUGAGAUAACUGAGGUCCGGGACUUUGCAGGCGAGGAUGUUGAAGUGAAAAAGCUUGUCAAUGCUGGCUCAAAGGAGGCAGCCGAAAAGGCAAAGGUUUCAGGUGCCCCACCAUCUGCCCUUGACACCAUUCUGGAACAGAUAAAGAAAAAGCCAAAGCUUAGUGUUCUCGAUAAGACCAAAAAGGACUGGGGUGAGUUCAAGGAAGAAAACAAGGGGUUGGAAGACGAGCUGGAUGUUUACAAGAAGAGCUCAAACCAAUAUCUGGACAAAGUUUCCUUCUUGCAGAGAGCUGAUAUUAGAGAAUUCGAGCGUGAGAGGGAUGCUCGUCUAGCUUUGCAAUCAAAGAGAAGAACAGAUACGCGGGAAGAUGACUUCUAGGCUUCAGCAACCGUUACUUUUUAACGGCUAGCAUUCUUUGACGUGACCGACAGAUCAUUGUGGCGGCCCAAUUCCCAGGCCUCCAGUUUCAAAAGCUUUCUUUUGGGGUUGGCCUUGGAUGCAGAGAAGUCAUCCAGAAUGUCUGGACCUCUCUUUGGGUCAGUGGGACUUGCUAUUUUUUUUUUAUGAAGCAAUUCUGAACAUUGCUAUCUUGCUUGUAUAUUUAUUGACCUGUCAUUGACCAAAAAUUUGGAUUUGCCUUAGUUGCUGAUAUAAUGCCCAAUUAUUCUCCCUCACUUUUCUUAGAA